CUCUUUUCCCUCCCACUCCCGGAACAUUAUUCUUUUCAGAUAUACUUUGUCAAGCCGCCAAAGUGGAGAGUGUCGUUGCACCAGGGGGGCCUUCUCGUUUCAGCGAGUUCCUGGGGAAAGCCCCAGGAUCUGGCGUUCAGAGAUGGGUACCUUCUCGAAGCACUAGACGAGAUGCCAACUCCUCCAACGAGAAAGGGCAACAUGACGCAAUCUUCAGGAAAGUGAGAGGCAUACUUAAUAAACUGACUCCUGAGAAGUUUGACAAACUAUGCCUUGAGCUCCUCAAUGUGGGUGUAGAGUCAAAACUAAUCUUGAAAGGAACCAUCUUGUUGAUUGUUGACAAAGCCCUCGAAGAGCCAAAGUAUAGUCAGUUAUACGCUCAACUAUGCCUACGCUUGGCAGAGGAUGCCCCAAACUUUGAAGACCCAUCAGAAAAUCCAGGAACCUCUAAGCAGAAUACUACCUUCAGACGGCUUCUGAUUUCCAAGCUUCAAGAUGAGUUUGAGAACCGCGCCAAAAAUGUUGAAACCUUUGACAAAAAUGACGACCCACUCACUUCUGAGGAGGAGGAGCAGCGCUCUAUUGCAAAGCACAAGAUGCUUGGCAACAUCAAAUUCAUCGGGGAACUUGGCAAGCUUUCCCUCAUCCAUGAAUCUAUCCUUCAUAAGUGCAUCAAAACACUUUUGGAGAAGAAGAAGAGAGUCCAACUUAAGGAUAUGGGUGAAGAUUUGGAAUGCCUCUGUCAGAUAAUGAGAACAGUGGGACCUAAACUCGAUCAUGCAAAAGCUAGGUCUCUGAUGGAUCAGUACUUCAGUCGCAUGCGGUCCUUAACAAACAACAAGGAACUGCCAGCUAGGAUUCGUUUCCUGCUGCAGAAUACAGUGGAGCAGCGCGAUAACCAUUGGGCUGCUCGCAAGGCGUAUUCUGACAACGGACCAAAGACGAUCAACCAAGUUCGUCAGGAUGCAGUAAAGGAUUUGGGUGUUUUUAUUCCACCGUCAUCUGAUGGCAUGAGGAAUGAAUUCUUCAUGGAAAACUCCUACCUGCCACAAAGGAUCAAGUUUGACAGGGAAACUCUUGGUGGGCUGGCUGAUAUGUUUGGACAAAUGCCAGGAAGCGGCAUUGGUACAGGUCCAGGAGUCAUACAGGACCACUAUUCCCCCACCAUGGGACGUCAUCGCCCAAAUCCACUCUACAACGGCCACAUGGGAAAUGGCAAUGGUUCACACCAGCCUCAGUUUGAAGCUGGAAGCAAACCGUAUAUAAAACCAAACCAGGGGCAGGGCUCACCAGUGUUCAACCACAAACAGAAUCAUGCAGUGCAGAUGCAGUCUAAGGAUUUGGCUCCACGUUUUGUCAAGAAGGGGAAGGUCAAUGCUGAUGAGAUCAGUCUGAGGCCCGCGCAGUCGUUCAUCUUGAGUAAGAAACAAAUCCCCAAACUGCAGCCACAGAUUACUAUGAUUCCUUCAAGUGCUCAAGGACCUCCUCUUGGACAGUCUCCACAGCUUGGCCUGAAAACCAAUCCUCCUCCAAUUCAGGAGAAGCCAGCAAAGUCUACUAAAAAACCUCCCCCAACUAAGGAAGAGUUGUGCAAGAUGACCGAGACUUUGGUGGCAGACUACCUGAACAGCAAGAAUGCCGAUGAGGCAGUGAACGCUGUGAGGGAGAUGAAGGCGCCGAAACACUUUCUGUCUGAGAUGCUGAACAAGAUCGUGGUCUAUUCUCUUGAUCGUUCAGAUGAGGAUAAGGAACAUGCGAGCACCCUGGUCCAUGCUAUCUGCACCGAGGGUUUUGCCACUGGUGAAAAUCUAAUGCAGGCAUUUUUGAGUGUUCUGGACCAGUGUCCCAAGAUCGAGGAAGAAAUCCCACUGGUGAAGUCCUACCUGGCACAGUUUGCGGCACGUGCCAUCAUAGCUGACCUCGUCAGCAUCGCAGAUUUGGCCCAUCACCUGGAGAACGGAGCACACUUCCCACUGUUCCUGCUCUGCCUGCAGCAGCUGGUCAAACUGAAGGACCGCGAGUGGCUGGGAGACCUGUUCCAGCUGAGCAAGGUCAACAUGCAGAAGAUGCUUCCUGAAAUCGACCAGAACAAGGACAGGAUGCUGGAGAUUCUCGAUGGGAAAGGUCUCAGCUUUUUGUUCCCACUGAUGAAACUGGAGAAGGAGCUGCUGAAGCAGAUCAAAGUAGAUCCCUCCCCCCAGUCCAUCUACAAGUGGAUCAAAGACAACAUCUCUCCGAAACUCCACACUGACAAAGGCUUUGUCAAUAUCCUUAUGACCAGUUUCUUGCAGUACAUCGCUUAUGAGAUCAACCCUGACGAUGAUGAAGAGCAGCUCUCGGCACCCUCUAAGGAGCAGCUGGAUGAGGAGAAGCAGCAGCUGCUGUCUUUCAAGCCUGUGAUGCAGAAGUUCCUUCACGAUCACAUUGAACUGCAAGUCGCAGCGAUGUAUGCCCUGCAGGUUCACUGCAAUACCAAGGGUUUCCCCAAAGGUAUGUUACUGCGCUACUUUGUGAACUUUUACGACAUGGAAAUAAUCGAAGAAGAAGCCUUCCUCUCAUGGAAAGAAGAUGUCACCCAAGAGUAUCCAGGGAAGGGAAAAGCAUUAUUUCAGGUGAACCAGUGGCUGACCUGGCUGGAGACAGCAGAAGAAGAAGAGUCUGAGGAUGAAGAGUACUGAGGAACAGGCCAAAGCCAUGUGUUAUCAGGAUGCAAUGAAUUUUUUUUUUUUACGUCUCCUUAUGCUCCACCCCCCCCCCCCCCCCCCCCUAAACUCUAACUCCUCCCCUCUCCUUGUUUAUGAAUAUUUUCCAACCACUGUUACAAUUCAUUCCACUAUGAAAUGUUUUGCCAGAUCAAGCCAGCAUCACCACCAUAAUAUUCAUAUUGUAUUUAUGCUUUCCUUUCUAAUCUUUGAUAUAAUUUGAUGUCCUGCAGCAGAUCUUUUAUACAUUUCACUCUUGGGUUGUUUUCUUUAACAGUAGGCAGUAUUUUGCAGGAAACCGUACCAGCACCAAACCUGACCCAUUUAUCACCUUUUACAUCUGGUAGGAGUCACCAAGUGCUGCCAUAACUAUCUACUCAAAAACUGUUUACAAAAGAGAAAAGGCUCUAAUGUAUUGCAAAGAGACUUCUCUCAUUGUUUUGUCUGCAAUUGUUAAAUCAGUUUUUAGAUGCACUUUGCUCAACAUCAUGAGUCGUUGCAAUAGUAAGAUACACUUUUCUUGAUUUGUUAAAACAUCUCAAUUUGCAGUUUUUGGCUGCCAUAAUUAUUAUGGUUUUCUUGUGCUAAAAAGCAGAACAUUCUGUCUGAAUUCAAAUGAUGUGGAUUUGACAAUUACUAACGAAAAUGGGCUGUUUUGAUUUGCACAGUGAUUUCUUUAGUGACCCACAUUAAGUUCAAAGAAUCAAGAGCUUUUUAUGUACAAAACUUUUGUGCUGUUAGGAAUUAAUCUGUGUGGCCUUUUAAUUUAUCAAUUCAUAUGGAUAUACCUCUAAUGUAUCUCGGACUAUACUUGAAUGUCUCGGUUUCAACAUCGAGACAGCCAAAGCUUAGUUUCCUGUGCAACAGUUGUUCACCACCAUGAGUGGAAAUUUUACGUCAGUUUGCCAUAUUUGUCAAGUUUUUAAAUGGUCUUUUUAUCUUCAUGAAAUUACAAAGAAUGUACUGUAUGUGUACACUUUCUCCUUCUUUGGGGUGUCACUGUAAUGUUUAGUGCAAGAAGUUAAGUGUACAACUACAGAUCAACCUUGAAUAAAGUUUAACAGUUCA